AUUUGCGACCAAUGCGCUACCUGUACCUCCUCGCCACCGCCCUUGCCGUCGUGUCGGCCCAGAUCGCCUCUACCGUCGUUUCGGCCCAGAUCGGCACGGCAGCGUGCCCGACGCCCCGUAUUCGGCGUGCGUGGAGCCAGUACUGCCAAGCAGACAAGGAUUUGUACAUCAAGGCCGUGAGCCUGGGCAUGAAGCGCGGCUAUCACCACCGGUUCGUCGAGAUCCACAUUGAGCCCGCGUCCAACAGCGAGGCGCACGAAGGCUUUUUCUUCUACUGGCACCGCGCGUACUUGCUCGCGUACGAGAACAUGCUGCGGUCGCUCGGCCCUCAGUUUGCGUGCAUCACGCUGCCGUACUGGGACUACGCGUCGCUUGGCGCCAACUUCAUCUCUGGUGAGUGCACCGACAUGCUGAACUGCGGUCCCCUCCUCAAGGACUUUGGCGGGUCGCUGCCACAAGCGGCGAAGGGUCCGUACACGCUCACCGUGAACGGGCAGGUGUUUCAAGCCGACAACUGCGUCGUGUCGCCGCUGACGAGAAACUUUUGCCAAAACUCGACCGCGUUCAACAGCAACAAAUGCUUCAACUGCAUGCCUCGCAACGAUUGGUCCAAGGCGGCCGUGCCGCCGGACGUCAACGCGCUCAGCAUCUACAACAAUGUGCUCGGGGACGUGCCCCCCAACCUCGACGGAGUCACGUCCGGCGUCCAAUGGGGCACCCACAACAUGGUGCACGCAGUGCUCGACUCGACGAUGGGCACGUUCGCGUCGCCAUCGGACCCGGUGUUUUACGCCCACCAUGCCACGACCGACGCGCUCCACGCGAUCUACUACAAUUGCGUCGUGGGCGGGGUGCCGCCCAAGAACCCGUACGACGACGACCGCACGUGGACGACGACGCGCAACUUUGCGGGCAAAACGAUUGUGCCAUCGGAUUUGAUCACGAUGAAGGUUGGCGAAGCAGGCACGGUGCCGGCGUCGAUCUGGACGGCUACGUCCAACCCGAUCUACCCGUUCUUCCAGGGCAUUCCGCAGACGUACCUUCCGUACGCGGACACGACCAAGCUCGGCGCGUAUUCGUACAAGUACAACUUUACGGGCACGAUGUUGGAAGGUAUGAACAAGCAGUGCACUGCGUUCAAGCCCGCGGGCGCCGUGCUUCUCACCACUGACGGCGGUCGGCCGAGUGCGGCUGCCACCAAGGAGAGCAUGUGGCUCCGCGACGCGACGAUCCUCGCAUCGAAUUACUACACGGAAGAUUCCGACAUCACACACCAAGUGCAAAUGAUGCUGUGCGUGUACUACAACGAGUGCCUCGGCGGCGUCUUCGACUACUCGGACGAGUUCAAGACCAACUUCCACGUGUCCAAGAAGCCUCCAUGCAAGCGCAUCGUCGACGACCUUGCCGGCGGCAACACCGUCAUUGGCGUGCCCGGCUGGGAGCGUACGAUGCUCAAGACGUACCCGUGCAACGGCGCUUCGGCGCUCUUCUUGUAGAGCAACGGCAUCAAUUUUGACGACGAUUUUCACAACCCUCCGCUCGUGCACGCACGAAAGAUAUUGCAUAAUGAAUGAACUUUUGCUCCUAA